AAGAUGUCCGCCGUAGCCAACGCCCUUCAAUUCCCAUCUCUGCGAACCCGGCGUGCACCAGGAGCCGCCCGACCCGCAGGUCCAGCGCCCAACGCCGGUCCCAUGAUGGACAAACGCAAGUCCCGAGUAGGUGACAAGCUACGCAAGCGGCAGACGAUGCGCUACGCUGCUGGGAUCCCUGGUCUUCCAGGCAUUGGGGCACCACCGUUACCUGGCCAGGCAGAAGCGAGGGUGCCGGUCAUCCCUGCUGGGGUGGAUAGGUUUGACGAACGCGAAGAAGAACCUGGUGUGACGGAGGAGGUGCUGAGAGAGGAUCCGAGAGCGCUGGAUAUGAAGGUCUUGGCUGGGGAUAAGUUUGAUCCUGAUGCUUAUUUGAGGCAGAAACUGGCACGCUCGUCGGAGGGAGAACUGUCGAUGCUCAGGAUUACACUGGAAACUGCGCAUAUGGCGACACAGACCGAUCUCCGGCGUAACGUAUUCAAAAACUACGAAGAGUUUGUCCUGAUCAGUAAAGAGAUCAGCACGCUCGAGAACGAUAUGCUCGAGCUCAAAGAGUCCCUCUCCGAAUGGCGUGCCAUGCCCGAGCUGCUCAGCGUGGACGAGCCGCUUACCUCUGCAGACAGACGGAAAGCUACCCGAUCCUCGCUCGCCGACCUCCAAACGCUCUACACCGUCCAGCUUCAAGCGCUCCACGCGAGCAUUGAAGGCAGUGCCAAGCACUUACCUAUCAUUCCGGGCCGGCAUGUCGUGCUUGAGAGCCCGAACCUAUUUGAGCUCAAUCCCGCUACGUAUAAGGUCGAAAAGCCCGUGCAUUUGGUAUUGUUGGACGAUAGCUUGCUGGUGGCAAGUAAGAGGAGGCGGAGGGUGGGCGAGGGGGGACGGUUGGUCGCGGAUAGGUGUUGGGGGCUCAGCGAGAUCUUGGUUUUGGAUGUUAAGGAUACUGCUGAUAUUACGAACGCGAUCAAAAUCAAGCGGGGGAAGGAGACAGUUGUCUACCGAUCUGAGAAGCCAUCUGAUAAGCGUGCGCUGCUCGCUGCCUUCCGGCAAGUAGCGGAAGACCUACAGUCCAAGAAGCGCCGGGAGCGAGAAGGAGAGCAAGAGCGCAGACGGAUGACAGUGGCGGAUGUCUCUGCUACUAGAGGGGGUAAUGUUCAGAGCGAGAAAGACGCUAGCACCGUCGCGGAGUUCAGUGACGAGCUGACAGUGGCCAUCGCCCUCCGAGACUGGGACUUGUCCGUCGAGCUGAUCGAGAAAGGCAAAUCCCUCCUCGCCGCUGUUUCUCCCUCAAGCGCAGACAGCGUCAAGUCCAAACUCUCCACCUUCGAACAGUCCCUCCGCAGCUCAAUACUCUCCGACCUCUCCUCCCCCAUCCACCGGAAAGCCUCUGUCAUUCACCUCGUCGGCCUGCUUACCCGGCUCGGCGCAGCCAUCGACGCCCGUGACGCCCUCCUCCGCAUGCGCUCUGAGGUGAUCCGUAAGCGCGCAAGAGCAAUCAGGUUCGAGGGCGAUAUCAUGCAGUACGUCAACGAGCUGGCUGUCGUCACUUUCACGGGCAUAAAAUUCACGAGCGACUGGUACACCUCCGCUUUUAAGGAGAAUGAUAUGGCUUCCGGAAUGGUCCAAUGGGCGAAAGCCGAAGUAGAACUGUACGCCACAUCUUUCCGCCGACAAGUGUACGGACCGGACGUCUCCAGCGAAGUGAUCUCCGAAUCUCUCAACGCCGUACGAGUACAGUCCAAGCGCUUGUUGCAGGACAGCGGGCUGGACUUCUCUUUCUUGUUAGAGGAGAUGCUGAGGGCUGACCUGCCGGAGACGCCUAGGCCGCCGCCACUUUUCGUUUCUGAUUCUGAGGAUAUAGGGGGAAGUGGGGAAGGGACACUGCUCGAUGCUACGCCUAGGCAGGGGGUGCCGAACUUGAACUCGCCCAAACCACCGACGAGGAGUCGCCAGAGACCUGGAGGCCGGCAGCAAGCAUGAGAUGAGCCUUCGCACGUGGAUUAGUCACCAUGCAGUUGAAUACCAAGUUCGGGAUACCCUGCAG